UCAGCACGGCUCCCUUCUGCUGCCCUCUGUUGGUCCGCAGCCUUUAUUUAUACAGUCUAUGGCCCGCACGAGCUCAGCUUUAGUGCUCUGAUUCGCUGAAUGACUGCCCUCCCGCUUGGAGAGAGCGCGCGAAUGCACCCACGUCUCUCACAAUCGGCUGUUAGCUAGCUGUUAGCUUAGUGUUGUUCACUCUGUGCUUUUAACAGCACCGGGGCUCUGCUGGCACACAAAAAGGAGGACCUAAGGCAAGGAUUUUUGGCUCAACAUCUCAAUUAUCCGUAGGUUUCUGUGGACUAUCAGCUGGUUAAGAAACCUGCAAUGGCGGACAAGGAAGUAGGAGCAUUUGAUGAUGCGGUUGAGGAGAGGGUGAUAAAUGAGGAGUACAAGAUCUGGAAGAAAAACACCCCCUUUCUGUAUGACCUGGUUAUGACCCAUGCUUUAGAGUGGCCAAGCCUAACUGCCCAGUGGCUGCCUGAUGUUUCCAGGCCGGAGGGGAAGGACUACAGUGUGCACCGUCUGGUGUUGGGCACUCAUACAUCAGAUGAGCAAAAUCACCUAGUCAUUGCCAGCGUUCAGCUACCCAAUGAUGACGCCCAGUUUGAAGCAUCACAUUAUGACAGUGAAAAAGGAGAGUUUGGAGGCUUUGGCUCAGUGAGUGGCAAGAUCGAGAUAGAAAUCAAGAUCAACCAUGAAGGAGAGGUUAACCGUGCCCGCUAUAUGCCCCAGAACCCAUGCAUCAUCGCCACCAAGACCCCCACCUCUGAAGUGCUGGUUGACUACACCAAACACCCUUCCAAACCAGAUGCUUCUGGAGAGUGUCACCCUGAUCUUCGUCUCAGAGGCCAUCAGAAAGAAGGCUAUGGUCUUUCCUGGAAUCCAAAUCUGUCUGGCUCUCUCCUUAGUGCUUCAGAUGACCAUACAAUUUGUCUGUGGGACAUAAGUGCUGUGCCGAAAGAGGGGAAGAUCGUAGAGGCAAAGACCAUCUUCACUGGUCACACUGCUGUGGUGGAGGACGUCUCAUGGCACUUGCUGCACGAGUCACUCUUCGGAUCUGUAGCCGAUGACCAAAAGCUCAUGAUUUGGGACACUCGUUCAAACAACACCUAACCCAGCCAUGCCGUCGACGCCCACACAGCAGAGGUCAACUGUUUGUCAUUCAACCCUUACAGCGAGUUCAUUCUGGCCUCCGGCUCUGCAGACAAGACUGUGGCUCUUUGGGACUUGAGAAACUUAAAACUGAAGUUGCAUUCCUUUGAGUCGCACAAAGAUGAGAUCUUCCAGGUUCAGUGGUCACCUCAUAAUGAGACCAUCCUGGCAUCCAGUGGAACAGACCGCCGUCUCAACGUCUGGGACCUCAGUAAAAUCGGAGAGGAGCAGUCACCAGAAGAUGCAGAGGAUGGCCCACCCGAGCUACUGUUUAUCCAUGGAGGCCACACAGCCAAGAUCUCUGACUUCUCCUGGAACCCCAACGAGCCCUGGGUCAUCUGCUCGGUCUCUGAAGACAACAUUAUGCAAGUCUGGCAAAUGGCUGAGAACAUCUACAAUGAUGAAGAUCCGGAGGGUUCGACAGACCCCGAGGCCACAGUGUAACUUCUCUCUGCUGUGUGUCUUAAACUACAACCGUAUCACAAACUGCCAACAGCCACCUCUGUACUUCCAUGCAGCUACUUAUCCCUCCUUCCUUUCUCUAUUAUACUUAGGGAAAGUGUAUGCUGUAAAUCCCUGUAAAUACAAGUAAGAUAAUAAUCCUGUAACACCUUUUUCGAAUACUUAUAGUGAAGAACUCUCCUUAAACUGAGUAACUUAUUGCCCGAUGGAUCUCACUCGGGUUUUUCGCAUUGCCUAUAAAAUAUAUAUUUUUGUAAUGAAAUUGGCUCUCCCUUGUGUACUGAAAUGAAGCGAAUGCUUUUUCGAUUAUAAAUUAAAUGCGUUUCAAGAACCUAAGAUGGUGAUCAUACUGUAAGCCUACAACAAGUGGUCAAUUCACAACAACCUGUUGUCAAAAAAAGUCCCUCGGACAUAUUGCAGGAAAGUUAAAUGUAUCCAGCUUUUUGACAAGAUGAACAUCCUAAUUACUGUUACUUCUAAAGAGGCCAGCCUAAAAAUGUUUAAUAUUUUCCCUGCUUCAGUUUGGUCAUCACCUACUUGUUCUGGAUUUUCACACCAGCUGCUUCUCGAUGAAAUUACUAUUUUAGAAAAUAACAUUUGUGUUUUGAAGUGUUCAUUUGUCCUCCCACCUCCCCUCACCCUAGUCAUAUAUUAAUCACUUAAAUGUCGUGCUAUAGAUUAGUGCUUGAACUUUUUUAAUGUUCAAUAUUUUGUAUUGUACAGUGAUUGCAUUCUUAAUAAAAUGUGUUGGUCAUUG